CACUUAUCCAUCAUGUCUUCAACUCCUCCCUCAAACAGCAAUUGCAGCCACUGUAACAAAACUCGCACUGAAUCCGAACCAGCCUAUCAGCGAUGCAGUCGCUGUAAACAAUCAUUCUACUGCUCCGCAGCCUGCCAACGCAGCGAUUGGAAACAACACAAAAAAAGAUGUUCGCAAAUCGAGUCGCCCACAACCCAGCCUACCACCGCUACCCGCGCCACGGUGCGAAUGAACCUGAACGGUCUCCGCGGGAGCGCCGUCGAAGACCCCGAUGUCAUUUAUUACCUCCGAGAAUCGAUCCCCCACACGAACCACAUUGCCAUCAGAGGGCCGUACUAUCGUCUCGAGUGGGUCGUGCGUAAUAUGGCUGGUAUGUUCCAGAACCACAAAAGCGCUGCUGGUCUGGACUAUACCAAGCAGCUGUGGCACCAAGGAGUGGAUUUUAAGGGCGUAGCUCACGUCAAGGCUCCGCUCCCAGACGGCAAUACUAUACUAGUUGAAAUCAUGCAGAGGGAGGAACCAGAUGUGGCGCUCUACCUCCGAGGGAGUGCAGAAGAACACAAAACGGUGUAUAACGUGUAUGACGUGGUGCUUGAUACUCACGACUCAAGAGAUGGCUUCCCGUCGACGCAAGAGCGCAACGUUUCUGCUGUGUUUACGUCCAAGGAUGCGGCCGAGGCAUUUGUGCGCAAAACUGCUGAGACUUGGAAGGCAGAGCAUCCUGGUCCGGACACGGAAUUGGUGCUGGAAUAUGAUGCGAGUGAGAAUCUGGGUGGAGCCCUUGUCCUUCACAAGAAGCCCACAAGAAUGAUUGGAGUGAUUCCUUUCGAAAAUUUUGAGCCAUCUAACAAUGGGAAGUCGUAA